AUGGAAGAAACAAGAAGUGAAUCUCCGUAUUCUAUGGGGAAAGAUAGGAUCAGUACCUUACCUGAUGAAACAAUUCACCUCAUCAUCUAUGAUGAAGAUAUUGUGAUGAAAAAUGUUUAUAGAUGGAUUGUUCAAGCUGCUAAGCUCAAUGUAGAAGAAAUGAGGUUAGAAAUCCAUCAAGGUCAUCCAGAAGCUCUUGAAAUUCCUCAUCAACUUGUUAAUUGCAAGUCACUGGUUCUCUCAGGAGCGCCUGACUUAUUAGGCUCUCAACCACCUCACUUAUUCAAUCUGCAAUGUUUGUUGCUGAAAAUGCGGUCUACAAGAGGUUGCUUGCUGGCUAUAGCGUACUUGCUCAAGAUUUAUCCUCUUAUAAAGGUUAUAUUAUUUUACUCCAAGCAGUCAAAUUUAGUGGAUGUCGAGGAUGAUUGGGAAGCAGGAUUGUCAUCGCGGGGGAUGUUGUCUCGCCAUGAUUAUGUUAAUUUUGUCGAAAUGGUUUUGAGGAGAGUUGAUCUAUCAUUCCGUGCUAGUACUGGCUUGCCCGAUGGAGGGAGACAAAUGGAACUAUUUAGAGAGAAGGUUUCGUCAUUUUUGUUUCUCACCGUUUUCAUAAUCAUAAAAGCCAUUAUCAUCAUCAUCAUCGUCGUCGUACUCCCACUCCUUAAUUAUCUUCAAUGGCUUCACCAUCUCCAUCCAAUAUUGAUCAGAAGUUCGAAUACCGGUGAAGAUGGUGUAGAAAGUUCCUCCGGGAAAGAUGGUGACAAAGAUGAGAAAGGUUGUGAAGGAGCUAAGGGUGCCCCUGAAGGAAACUCUGGAAAGAACGUGUCUCUGCCCCAAGUGUCCAAAGUAUCUUCCUCGGAUACUGAGGUAGAGGGAUCGGGUGAUGGAGUAGGAGGAGGAAAACAGAAUCAAUCCAAGGUUUCUAGAAAUGAUCUGAAGGGCCAAGCUUCUCGGGAGAUCGAUCCUAUUAAAAACAUUGAAAGGAAUCCUCCUCAGAACCAAGGCUUGGUCGGUGGUUCGAAGUUUACAUUCUCGGGUGUUGCUUGUGAUUCAUUUGGCAUCCUUUCCUCUUCUAGUUUCAGCUCGCUUACGUUCACCCAGAUGUUGCAGGUUAUGCCCUUAGAUGGUCCUGCCAUGAAGGAAUUCCUCAACCUUGUUGCCGCGAAUCCGAAAUUUCUUGAGGCUGCUAUUCGUCAAAAGGAAUUGGAAGAAAUAGGCCACCUUCGGAGUCAACUGCAGGGGGAAGAAUACCGGUCUCGGGAGCUCGAGAAGCAGCUAAAUGAAGCCAAAGCCGAUCAAGGAAAGGUUAAAGCUUUGGAGGAGUAGGUCGUCAAGUGCAGUCAGUAUGUGGCUCUUUUGAAAACUAUGCUUAGAGAUGUUGCUGAUGAGUUGACUCACCAAAUGGAUGAGAAAAGCACGCAUGGAGCUUACUAACGGGAUUACGGAGGGUGUGAAGAAUUAUAUCAAUGAUGAGGAGGAACGAGAAUGCUGGUUCGGGUUCGGCUAAUCCCAAAACCUAGUUUCGAUCUCCCGUAGUGUUGUGUCACUAUUUUCCCCCUCUUGGGAUGUAAUUGAUAACUUUAUUUAAUGUCUAGACAUCGAAACCAAUCCCCAUGCCACAUUUGAAACUGUUUGCGAGAUAGCCUCCAAUUCAUGUCCUAGCAUCUAAGAUUUGAUUCCUAUCAGUAAUUUGGAUGGUUCUCUUGAGUACUUCCUGUUUACAAAUUAGGUUUUUUUUUUUUAAAAUAAAAAUUACCGCCUGUGAACUUAUUAAGUCUGGCGAUUUUAUC